AUGCUUUCUGGAGAGGCUGGCAUCUGGUGGCAAGGUGCUCUGCAAAGAAUGAUAGCUGCAGGUACCCAUGUGAACUGGGAGAAUUUCAAGCAGCUAUUCUUGGAGAAAUACUUUCCCCGAGAUGUAAGACAUAAGAAACAGGUAGAAUUCCUUGAAUUGAAGCAAGGAGAAGAUUCUGUGGCUGAUUAUGUGACUAAGUUUGAAGACUUGGUUAGAUUCUGCCCUAUGUAUGAUGGUGUGGGCAAUGAGGAGGAAAAAUGUGUGAAGUUUGUGAGUGGUCUUCGCCCUGAGAUUAAACAAGUUUUCAAUUAUCAAGGGAUUACUCACUAUCACGAAUUGGUAAACAAGUGUCGAGUAUAUGAUGAGGAUAACCGUGCUAGGGUAACUCAUUAUAAGAGUGGAGGCUGGGGGACCCAUGAGGAAUAA